UGGAGGUUAGAACCGCCCACUGAGAUAUGAUUGGCUGACGCGUUGGUCUGUAGAAAUAAAACGGAGCAGGUGAGGAAAAUAUUCAAAGCUGCUCGCGCACCGCAUCACUUGCGGGAACCUUCGGUGACGAGAAGCUCAGUUUUGAGUUUGUUUACGAUCAACACUCUGCUCAGAUCACAAUGAGUGACCAUCGGUACCCUCUGCACGUCCGAAUAAUCGGCAUAAUGUGCAAAGGCAACAACAAAUUGUACAUGGCAUCUGUGCUGUGGUCGGAUCAGACCGAAGUGAUUGUCUACAGAUCCCUGCGAGACUUCAAGCAACUUCACAGGCAACUGAAGAAAAAAUUUCAAGUGGACAAACCAUUUCAACCUCAAGAUAGAGUGUUGCCCAGAUUUGGAGGUUUAGUGAUGAAGCUGAGCCUCCAGAGGAAGACUCCAGCUCAGUGUGUUUAUCGAGUGAAGGCUCUAGAAAGUUACUGCACUGAGCUGCUUCGUUGUGAGAAGAAUGUCUCGCAGUCUUCCGAACUUAUUCGUUUCCUUGUUUCCAAGGAAGAAGAGCUGCAUCCUGAGUUUGCACGCAACAGCAUAAUGAUUUUUCAGCCAGAAGAUGGUCAGCCAAGAGUCCUGAGCAGCAAGCGCCUCAGUGUUGGGAAUGUGUCACAGCCAUGUAUCACCAAACUGUAUAGGUGUUUAGCUCCAUAUGAGACCAAGGACACCAAGAACAGAUCAUUUAGCGUGACUGUGGGUGAAACUCUGGAAGUUCUCAUCAAAGAUCAAGCUGGAUGGUGGCUGGUUGAGAAUGAAGAGAAGCGUCUAGCCUGGUUUCCUGCUCCCUACUUGGAGCUGUGUGAGGAGGAAGAAGGAGAGGAUGAGCUAGACAGUGCAGGUGGUCAAAGGGAUCUUUACUGUGCUAUAAAGACCUAUACCUCUGCCAGGAAAGAUGAGCUAACAGUGAACAUCGGAGCCAUAGUGGAGGUUAUUCAGAAGUCUGAUAAUGGCUGGUGGCUAGUUAGGUACAAUGGAAAGGCAGGCUAUGUGCCCUCUAUAUACCUACAGCUAUACUCCAACCCUAUGAUUUGCAUGCAGAAAAAAUUGAAUAGCUCCAACCUAAACUUGUCCACUCUAUCUACAGUGCUGUCUCACCCCACACGCAAGUCUCACUUCCAUAAGUCCCACUCUCUUGAGGUGCUCUCUGAGCCUCUGGGUCACAGUUCACCAGUUAAUUACAAUGAAUCUGACACCCCUGAAUACAGCUUAAGUGAUGACACUGACUUUUGCUCCAGCUCCUCUGUUUCUCUGAGGCUGAGCGUGUAUGGAUCUGAGGGGGAAGAUAACUUGAGACAGUCAGGGAAAGAUAGUCCAGACAGUCCUGAUAGUGUUUUGUCUAUGGAGCUUCAAGGCACUACCAAAUCAGAAACCAGCAGCCCUUCCAAACUGCACCCACAGGUGCCACCUCGUCCACAAACCCAAGAGAUCCUCACUCGCUGUACCACCUACACCCGCAAAGCAGCCCUGGAAACCAAAGCUCGUUUGUUUAAAGGUGCUGAGAUUCAGGCACUGUGAAAGCAGAGCAGAUUUCAUUUUUAAGGAGAUGUUUUUGUAAACCUGGACUGUUCUCAUGUUGACGCAUGACAAUUAUGUCUGUCUGGUACAUCUUAUUAUCUUUUUACCUUUGCUAUGAUAAUAAACUGUUCAUCAUGCAGUUAUGUCCACUCGUCAGACUGGUUCUAUUCUAAAGAUUAGAAUUAUAAUUUAAUAAUAAUAUGUCUGCCUUUUUACAGUCACUUGGCAUGUCAUAUAAUUGGCCUGUGGAAGUGUAAAAGAAUAUUGUGCAAAAUAUUGUAUAGACUGUUUUCUCAUUAGCUAUACUUUGUUUUUUAACAUUAUCUGUAUUCCCCAUACUCCACAGUACAAUGUCUCUGAAUAAAAUGAUCAAAUAGAUUAUAUAUUAUGUUUUAAACAAUUAUUUUGUUGUAUAUAACUUAAGAGUGGUAUGAUACUGAUGACCCAGGGUAGUGUUACAUUGUGUAUACUGUAAUUGUUGGCAUUUCCCUGUUCAUUAUCACAAAAAUAGAAAAUAGACUUACCUUUUGACUAUAAUUCCUCUCAAAGUUUCUUUUGUCAUGUUUUAUUUUGCCAUUUUCAACUCUGGCUUGCUAAGUGGGGAUUUAAUUCUGUAUCAGAGGGACUUCUACUUUUGAAUAUCUUUAUAUUCAUAAUAAAAAAUUAUUUAUGUCUUUA